AUGCAACUUCCGCCGCACCCCCUGUACUCCCUAGAAUUCACGCCGCGCUUCGAUGCGGACGGCGCAAGCAGCCUGUCGGUGCUCCUCCGCCUGCAGUUACUGGCUGUCAAAGCCCAGGAGCCCGUAUUUGUCUUCGAUACCUUCUACGGCAACGUCCCCGGGCAUCCGUUCAAAGAAGAAGACAUCAACGUGACAGAUGAUGCCGGCCCCCUGGAGCUCCGAUUCCGCGACCUUCCCGCCGAGGGCCGGGACAAGAAACAGCACUGGUCCUUUACCAGGGAACCCCGCGGCGACAUCCUCCUCCGCUUCGACGUAUUCCCACGCAAAGUAGAUGUCAAGACUGCGCUCGGCGCCCGCAUCGACCUUCGUCGCGACCAGGGCGGCCUGCACGGCGCCGGCCGAUGGUUUCUGCCCCAGCUUAUCAAUGAUCAGCUUUUUACCGUUCUAGUAAGGUGGAACCUUCCGGCCGACGCGCCGGCGUCCACGCGAUGCGUGUGGAGCUACGGCGAAGGCGCCAAGCCGAUGGUCCGCGUCGAUCGCUCCGAAGUCGUUCGGAACACCAUGUUCAUGGUCGGCCCCGUGCAGAGCUCUUCUGGGUCGUCGUCGUCGUCUGCAUGUUACUGGUUCGGUGACCUUCCGCCUAAUCUGGACCGGUUGAAGGGCUAUAACAGUGCCUUGUUUCCGAAGAUGGCGGAGUUCUUUGGGUCAUCGGGUGGGACGUAUCGCAUGUUUAUGCGGAAAUCCAUCGUCGGCUUUGGUGGGACCGGAUUUGAUGCAAGUUACAUGUUGGAGUACGAUGACAGGAGUAGCGAUGUGCCGGAUGAUCGUCUCAUCCUAUUGUUCACGCAUGAAAUGGUGCACAGCUUUGCCGCGAUUGAUCCAGGUGAGGCGAAUGAGAAUGACUGGUUUGAAGAAGGACUUGCCGAGUUAUAUUCUUCCUACCUCCCCUACCGCUUUGGCUUCCGCGGGAAGGACUUCUUGAUCAACUCCAUCAACGAUCAUCUGCAAGGCUACUUUACCAGCCCUCGAAUCCACAUGGACAUACGCGAUGCGGCCGCAGCCAUGUUCAACGAUUGGUAUGCAGAAUGGAUUUCCUACAAGCGCGGCUUCACGUACCUCCUUUUCAUAGAUCUUUACCUGCGACGACACACUCGCUCGUACGACUUCACCACAGCAGGGCCCCUUGACUAUAUCAUUCUCGACUUAUGCAAGAGGCACAAGCAAGGAGAGGCUGUGGGCGCCCGUGACUGGCUUACGGCCGUGAAGACAGCUCUUGCGGGCGACGACUUCUCAGUCGAACAGCAUUACCAAGACAUGCUUCGAGGGCGGACGGUCAUGAAAUUUGACGGGCUUUUCUUGGGCGAGCCAUCCAACAGGUUGAAGACAGCGCAGCUUCCUAUCAUGGAAUUUGGGUUUGAUAGACGCAGCACGAGCUCUCGUGUUGUGACCGGGCUGAUUCCGGGAUCGACUGCGGAUAAAGCGGGGUUGUGGGAAGGAGCUCAGAUCGUGAGCAUGUCUCGAGCCAGUGACUGUAUCGAUGAUAUCCAAGAGACUUACAAGGUGGUUGUUCAAGAGGGUAAGGGCACUCUUCUAAUAGAGUAUGUGCCUCGAGCGAAGAAGACUGCUCUGGCCUGGCAAUUGGAGGAAAGCGAUUGCGGUGUUUGGUGA